CCUCUCUUGGGAUUGAUUUCCCUCGCUCUUGUGGCCGCCGGACUUCUCUUUCAAUUCUUCGUCAUUCUGUCCGGCGUGUCAAACACCACUNNCCCCCUCAACAAGACAUACUUCAUUGAGGUCGACACAGCAGGAACUUCGGCUCCUCGCAAUCCCUCUCGCUGGACUUUCUUCUACAUCUGCGGUGCUCAGAAUGGCCUUAACGCAAACUGCGGUGCUCCCGUCCCUGCUCUGCCUUUCGACCCCCCAAGAAACUUUGGCAGCGCCCAGGGCGUCCCUGGAGCAUUCAUCGGAACUCACCACUACUACUACCUAUCGCGUUUCAUGUUCGCUUUCUACCUGAUCGCCCUUUUCUUCGCCGCCAUUGCUUUGUUCACCGGUCUCCUUGCUCUCUGCACUCGCCUUGGCUCUUACCUCUCUGGCCUCACUAUCGCCGUUGCUGCCUUCUUCCAGGCCCUUGCUGCUGCUCUUAUGACNNUGCAUGCUUCGUCCAAGGCCGCAACGCCUUCCGUCGCAAUGGAUGCCCGUCUCGGUCGCUACGGCUUCGGAUGGACCUGGGCAGCCUUUGCCGCCUACUUCAUCGCCAUGGUUCUCUUCUGCGUUGGCGGUGCUGUUUCNAAGUCUAGCGACCGCACUCCUCGCAAGGGCGGCAUGUUCGGUCGCAAGGCUAGCACCCGCUCCCGCGGCAGCUUCAUCGACUCUGAGAGCCAGAGACGUGUCAAGGAAGAGUACGAG